AUGGACCCGGCGCAGGGUCCUAUGCUCUUCGAGGAUGUGUUUGUGCACUUCUCCCAAGGGGAGUGGGAGCUCCUUGAUGAGGCUCAGCGACUCCUGUACCGCGAUGUGAUGGUGGACAACUUUGCACUUACAGCCUCGCUGGGAAUUGCAUCUUCCAGAUCACACAUAGGCACUCACCUGGAGCAAGGGGAAGAGCCCUGGGUGACUGACCAGGUGGAUAUGAUUCUAGCCCCAGCAGGAAAGGCCCAGAGAGGACCUGGUCCUGGCCGCUGGCAUAGAGUGGAGGAAGACAAGGCAUCUUCUAAGCAGAGUGACUCUGCAGAAGGAAUAUCACAGGCCAGGACUCCCCUGACAGGUCUGUCCACCCAAAAGCCCCAGCACUAUGACUUACAUGGUUCAAUGCUGAAAGACAUUUUGUAUCCGACUGAACACCAGGGAGGCGAAGCCAGACACCAACCCUGCACAUGUUGGGCAUGUGAGAAGCAGUCCUGGCUCAGUGCAGACAUUCCCCAGCACCAGAAGCAGCACAGUGGAGAGAAACCCUUCAGGAGCAAGGAGGGCAGGCACUCUGGAAUGAGCUGCAGAGUUGACAUGCCAGAGGAGGCCUACACAUGUGAGGAGGGUGGAAAAGACUUCCAGACCCCCUCUGGGCAGCUUCAGCCUAAGGUCCCUCAUAGCGAGGUGGAACCCCACAAGAGUACUGGGGGUGGGAGCACCUCUUGCACUGGGCAGAGGCCUUAUAUAUGCAGCAAAUGUGGAAAAACCUUCAACUGCAGAGACACACUUGUUCGGCACCAGAGAGUCCACACUGGAGAAAGGCCGUAUGAGUGUAGUGAAUGUGGGAAAUUCUUUAGCCAAAGCUCUGACCUUUUUAAACAUCGGACAGUUCACAGUGGUGAAAAGCCUUAUGUGUGCAGUGAAUGUGGGAAGUUCUUUAGACAGAUCUCUGGCCUUAUUGAACAUAGGCGAGUUCACACAGGUGAGAGGCUCUAUCAAUGCAGCAAAUGUGGGAAGUUCUUUAGCAGCAAGUCUAACCUCAUUCGACACCAGGAAGUUCACACAGGAGCAAGGCCCUAUGUGUGCAAGGAAUGUGGGAAAGAGUUCAGUCGCAGACACACACUUACUCUGCACCAGAGAACUCACACUGGAGAAAAGCCUUAUGUGUGCUGUGAAUGUGGGAGAGCCUUUAGCCAAAGUUCCCACCUUAUUGUACAUGGGAGAAUCCAUGGCAGUGACUAUGAGUGCAGCAAAUGUGGGAAAGCCUUUAGCUGCACCUCCAAACUCAUUCAGCACCAGAAAGUUCACUCUGGAGAAAAGCCUUAUGAGUGUAACAGAUGCGGGAAAGCCUUCAUUCGAAGGCCAAACCUUACUCGGCACUGGAAAGUUCACACUGGAGAAAGGCCUUAUCCAUGCAGCAAAUGUGGCAAAGAGUUCAACCGUAAACACACGCUUGUUAUGCACCAGAAAAUUCACUCUAGAGAUAAAACUUGA